AUGGCACUAACAGUGUUCAUUUCCAACUUUGGCAAAAUGGCGUUCAAGGCUGGUUUAUUGGUUCUAACUCUCUGCAUUGGCAGCUUCGCAAUACCAGUCGCUGAAGAUGAUUAUUCCAUCUUCUUUGAUCACACUGACCCAUCGGCCCGUAUAGUCGGUGGAACCGUCGCACCAGCUACCCCCCACAUGGUGGGUCUUACGACUGGCACGAUCACCAGAAGUUUACUGUGUGGUGGAUCGGUGAUCACCAACAGACACGUCCUGACCGCUGCUCAUUGCAUUGUCCCUGUGCAAAGCGGCACUGGCUUGUUAGCAUCUCUGCGAGGUAUCGUGGGCUCACUCCGUUUUGCCACUGGAGGAACUGCACUUGUUUUCACCCGAGGAGUUAUUCACAAUAACUAUAGACCUUCACCUAUAAUAAAGAACGAUAUUGGCAUCUUAGCGACUAGCGGAAACAUUCCUAUCGGCGGUGGCGUCGCAGUCAUCAACCUUAACUACAACUGGGUCGGUGCUGGAGUCGACACCUAUGUCACUGGAUGGGGAAGGACUUCUGCUGGAGGUGCUCUCUCUCAAGUUCUCUUGCGACUGGAUGCUCGCACUGUCGAUGGAAACACUUGUCGGGAUGAUGUAGCUCGCAGAUUCCGCGAAUUGAACAUGUGGCUUGUUCCAGUUGUAGAUCCAAACCUAGAAAUUUGUACUUUCCUCGCCAAUGGAAGAGGAACUUGCAACGGUGACUCUGGCAGCGCUCUGGUACGUAGAGACAACAAUCAGCAAAUUGGUGUUGUAUCUUGGGGAAUACCUUGCGCCCUUAACGCUCCCGAUAUGUUCGCACGAGUUAGCGCCUACGGUACCUGGAUCAACCAGAACCUCAAU